AUGAAGUUCACUCAGGUUCUGGUCGCUCUCGCUGCGACUCGUGGCGCCCUCUCUGCUCCCGUCGAGCUUGAGUCGCUCGCGGUUGCUGACGAGGCCUUCCCUCUUGCCGAGCUCCAGGCGUACUACGAGAAAGAGUUCUCCAAGACCGAAGACGUCGAGACGACCAUCAAGGCGAGGCAAUACGCCUCGGCCACCUCGAACCAGCUCAUCGACGGCACCCCCUGCCGCAGGGUCACCCUCAUCUAUGCCAGGGGCACGACCCAGGACGGCAACGUCGGUGACGCGGCGGCCGUCGGCCCCGUCUUCUUCAAUGCCCUCGCUCAGCAGGGUGGCCGCCCGCCAAUUUGGCCGUCCAGGGCGUGGACUACGCGGCCAACGUCUUCGGUUUCCUCGCCGGAGGGGGCUGCGAGCCAGUGCCCCAACACGCGGAUCGUCCUCAGCGGCUACAGCCAGGGCGCCCAGCUCGUCCACAAUGCUGCCGAGCAGAUCAGCGCUGCUGUCACCGCCAGGGUCACCGCCGUCUUGACUUUCGGCGACCCCGACCGCGAUGAGGCCUUUGGCUCUAUCCCUGCUGCCAGGACGCGUGUGAUCUGCAGGUCCGGUGACAACAUCUGCGAUGGUGGCAUCAUCGUCACGUCUCCCCACCGCCAGUACCAGCCGGAAGCUCCCGGGGCCGGCACCUGGGGUGCCUGCCAGAGUUCCAGUGAUGGAGAUGCCGGGGACUGGCUUUCUAGGCAGUGUCUUCCAGGAGUCAGAACAGGGUCUGAUCAUUAA